UUUCUCUCCACUUCCCUCCACAUCUAUCCGAACCAAAAUUCCCUCCCUUCCCUCGUUUUCUACUUCCCAGCCCAACUCGCACACACAACACGCACUCACGUACACUACUUUUCUCCAUAAAAGUAUCAAAACCCUCAUUUUCGCUCGCGCUGGAAAUCUAGAACCCUUAGAUAAGCUCUUGUAGCUUUGUUUAUUUGAUUUAAUUGAUCUGAUUAGGCAACAAUUAAUGGCUGGGCUUGGAGCUCGGACCGGUGACUCAGGGGCAACGCCUCCGGCGGCGGCUGUGAGUGGCCAGAUUCUCAGCAAGCAGCAGACUCCGCCGAAGAUGAUCGGGCGCCACCUCGCCUUCGCUUCUAUGAAGCCUCCGUUUGUUCUCCCAGAUGACUACCACCGGUUCUCCACUCCGCCACGCGCCGCCGCCGAUCAUCCGCCGGAAGCUAUCAUCGUCAAGUCUACCGUACGUCCACCUUUAAAGCGGAGGAACGGGUAUGAAAACAAUGAAGUUGAGUCGAGUGAGUGGUCAGCAAAUCUGGGAUACAGUGAUAUGGUUAAUAGUCCCUUCCAUAGCUCUAAAAGGAGAAAGGAUAAAGGGCCGCUCAAAGUCAUGAAGAAUAAUAGAUCUGUACCUUCAAUCCUGGUCUCGAAUGUUGAUGCUCCAUCUCCUCUCACUCCUGGAACCUGUCGCUACGAUAGCUCCUUAAGUCUUUUGACCAAAAAAUUUAUCACUUUAAUAAAGCAUGCAGAAGAUGGUGAACUUGAUCUAAACAAAGCAGCUGAUACUUUGCAGGUGCAGAAGAGAAGGAUAUAUGACAUAACCAAUGUGCUUGAAGGGAUUGGCCUUAUUGAAAAGAAGCUUAAGAACAGAAUCCGCUGGAAGGGGCUUGAUCCUUCAAGACCUGGAAAAGUAGACAAUGAUGCCACUCUUUUACAGGCAGAUAUUGAAAACCUGUCCGUGGAAGAGAGAAGUUUGGAUGAACGAAUAAGGCAAAUGCAGGAAAAAUUGAGAGAACUGAGUGAAGAUGAAAACAAUCACAAAUGGGUGUUUGUAAUAGAAGAUGACAUUAAAAAUUUGCCCUGCUUCCAGAAUGAAACCCUCAUAGCAGUGAAAGCACCCCAUGGCACCACCCUUGAAGUCCCGGAUCCUGACGAGGCUGUUGACUAUCCUCAAAGGAGAUACAGGAUUAUACUUAGAAGUACAAUGGGUCCUAUUGAUCUUUACCUUGUCAGCCAAUUUGAGGAGAAGUUUGAGGAGGUGAAUGGAGUUGAACAGUCAAUGAACUUCUCUCUUGCCCCAAGCUCCGGUUCUAAUGAGAAUCCAGAAAUGGACAGAGCCUCCAUAGAGCACAGUCCCGAACAAAUUGAAGCUCAGUCACAAGAGACCCAUGGACUUAACUCUAUUGUUGGUGAAUCUACUGGAGGAAUGACAAAGAUCAUCCCUUCAAACAUUGAUAAUGAUGCAGACUAUUGGCUUUUAUCAGAUGGGGAUGUCAGCAUUACAGACAUGUGGAAGACAGAUUCUGGUUUGGUGUGGGAUGGGAUAAAUAUGCUUGAUGAGGAGUUGGAAAUUGCUGCACUUGGUACAGCAAGACCACAGACACCACCAUCUGGUAUUGCCAAUUUAACUCCUGUUGUCAACUUCCCACCUAGGUGAUCGGUUUUGUGUAAUCUAUCAGACCAGCUGACCAGUGAACUUCAGAUGGUAACAUGUCGUUGCCGUCUCCCUGCAUUCUCAUCUAUUCACUUCUGAAAACAUUGAAUACAUCAGCUACAAACUUAACUCAUAGCAGAAGAGGGCACGUGAGGAGAAACCAAACCGAUAUAGCGGGCCACGGGAGCUGAAGCUCUUAAAGCAUUUCUCAAAUGGUACAGAUCCCAGAGGUGAAUCUCCAAUUCUCCAUGUGAUUUGGUGGGAUUGCCUGAAAUGAGAUGGGUGUGACAUCUGACAUGGGCUAGAACCAGAACACAUGAAUUGAGACUGAAAUUACUUGCAUUCCUUGCUCCACAAACUUGGUGUGAAGAGAACUGAAAUAAAAGGAAAAAGAUGUAUCAUUGUUCUGCAAAGACAUUUUUGAUAAGAUGUUGAAAAGUUAUUUAUUAGAAAAACUUGAUGAACAAUGUAAAUAAUCUUGGACUAAUUUGUGUUACAAGAUCAAGUUUUCUUUUUAUU